UAACAAUCUACCAGCACGUUGAGUGACGCCCUCACCGUCGCUCGCCAAAAUCACGCUGAUUUCCCAUAAAUCACUAAAGACGCACCCGGUCCGCAUCCCUUGGCCGUUUGGCGGCUGUCCGAGUUCGUGGGCUUGUGAGAACUCAUGGAUUUUUUCCUCUUUUCGCAAGUCAGCAUAUUGGCAACAUUGCUGAUUGGUCCCGAGUUGCAUGUACGUCAGUAGCCUAUUUUGACCAAAGGCAAUCCAUCCCUCGAGUUUCGUAUGCGUUGUCAGCAAAACGACCCAAAUCCCUGAUGCGACACGCAAUCCCCUAGAGAAUAUAACUAUCCAGCCCAUUCGUUCCAACCACUGCGCUUGCAAUGCAUUGCAUCACACAAACCUUCGCCAGAAUUGAAUUGCCGAACUCGCAUACCGAGAACAACUUCACUGUAAACACCAUCUCGUCAUCCCGCAAGUGCAGGUAGUAGUCAAUGGAGAGCACUCGACCAUAUCAUGGGAGUCUUACUAUCAAGCAUGCCUGGACUCGGAAAAUAUUUGGAUGAUCUUGACUCCGAAGCCAACUUGCCUACUAGCUUGGCUUUUCUUGGUAUCACCACAGCGGUGAUGACUAUGGACCUGCAGGCAACUACGGCUGAAGCAAAACCGACGUUACCGCAUGAUUUCACGUUGUCAAGUAGUCGGCGAACCGUCGCACGGAUCACGGACCAUCAUCCAAACGAUUUUUCCCAGUCCCGUAUUCCCCAAAUAAUAAUACUGCUAAUCUGUAUGGCGAUCGCACGGUCUUAUGAUGCGUAUUUACACCGAAACAUCUCGUUUGGCCCAUUGACUUCCUAA